AUGAGCUACCCACUGAUGCGGCGUUUGCCGCUGGUCGCACUAGACCGACAAGUGGCGCGUGCGGGUAUGCAGAUCUGCCAUAAGAUCGUCAUGCAGCAGCUCUACGUAUCGCGUGCAGAUUCAACGAAGCAGUGGGUCGUGGUGUCCAAUCCAUCAGAGCAGAGCGUGGACAUGACAGGCUUCAGCUUGAGUUGCAGCGGCAGCAGCGACGUUUUCCACUUCCCAGCCAAGUACACACUAUUACCAGGUGACGAAGUGACUGUCUGGUGCUCUCCAGGUGGUCUCAAGCUCGAUGUGGACAAUCUCCUGCAGCCCUAUCUCUUCUGGACCAAAGCCGACGGAUCUCUGCGUCAUGAACCAUUCUUCUCUGCAGCUCAAGCCAAUGAGGUGUUGCUAUUAGACCCGCUAUUGAUUGAAGUAGCGUCCAUUCGAGUGAAUGGAGACGGCAAGAAGGAGUUCCGCGUGUUACACUGCAAGUCUGCACACUCCAGGACUUUGCGCAGCGAGAUUGACACGCGAUUCUGUGUCGGAUGUCUGUCACCUCCUGAGUUCGAGAGACGUACAUCACGGCCAACUCCCGAGAGCGGGAAAAUCAUCUCUCAACCGCCAAAUCAACGGGAAAUCUACGUGUUCUCGAGAUACUGGGGUGUAGUGUCGGACAAGUCGCUGUUUAAGCACUUUAUCGCUGUCAUGUUGGUCCCGCUGGUGGAAUCCGUUCGUGCAGUGCUGAUCUACAUCCUGCUGUGUAUGUUCCAACCCGUAACAAACACUGGAUUGGGGCCACAAUUGCGUUCUAAAGUGACGACACUGCUGCUGAUCAUGCUAGCAUGCGACGUCGUAGCACGGAGACUCAUGUUGUGCAUCAAGAGCGGACUGCUGGUCACAAUUGCGAGCUUCACGUCGGUUGUGCUGGAUCGAGUGACAGUGUUGGUGCUGUACUGGUCGCUUCAAAGACUGUAUCCAGCAUUAAGCUCCUCCUUCCAGUGUAUGCUCAUAUUCGAUCUCGGUGUGAGCUGCAUCAACGCUACUGCAGUGCACGUACGCUUCCUGGAGGAACGACAAGACUGGCAUCCACUGUUCAAGCAAUUCGCACGCUGGGACUACAGAUACCGAGUCGUCAUUUGCGCGUGUGGUAUCGGUCGCGAGCUGCUGCUGUGUCUACUCCUAUUACUCCCGUUCAGCCGCCAGCCAUCUCCUGUGUGGAAGGCUGUAGGAUAUCUGCUCGUUCCGCUCUUCACUCUGGCUUCAGGUAUUGAUCUCCUACGCGCAGUCGCCACACUCUUGCAUAUGCUCCGAUACCCUAUUGUACAAGUACAAGCGCAAUGGCGACGUCUUCAGCCACAGUCGCACGACGAAGUGUACGUGUAUGAAGAAGACGAAGACUUGUCCGAAGAAGAACCUCAGAAAGAGGACCCGCCGAUGAUCUUCUCCACACCCAAGGGGGUCCGCUUUAGAUCUCGCUACCCAUACAAUUAG